AUGCUCGACACGCUUUGCGCCCUGCCGCUGUCGGCAGACUUGUUCGCGCAAGCUGUUCAUCCCACUGAGCCGUUGGUCACGGUCGGUCUGAGCAGCGGCCAUGUCCAGACGCUGAGACUGCCGCCCGUGGACGACGACGAUGAAGAGAAGGAAAUCACAAAAUUGCCGGGCAGGAGAGGCAGCAAUGGCACCGACAUGGUGGAUACGGCCUGGCGCACCAAGAGACACAAAGGAAGCUGCAGGUGUCUGGCAUACAGCGUCGACGGGAGGCAGCUCUAUUCCGCUGGCACCGACGGCAUUGUCAAGGCCGCGGACAGCGCGACGGGAACCGUGACUGGAAAGGUCGCCAUUCCCCUCGACCCAUCCAACUCGAGAGAUCGCAUUGACGGCCCGACAGUCGUCCAUGCGCUGAGCCCACAGACCCUUCUACUCUCGACCGACUCUGGCGCAUUGCACCUCUACGAUUUGCGCGAUCCGGCCCCAAGUCUCCCUGUCGACCAAUCCAAGACCGCAUUCAUCACCACGAAACCUUCGCAGACCUACUAUCCUCACGCCGACUACAUCUCCUCCCUCUGUCCCAUCCCUGCGUCCGCCGCAUCAACUUCUGGUUAUUCGAAGCAGUGGCUUACCACGGGCAGCACAACUCUAGCUCUGACUGACUUACGACGCGGAGUCCUCGCCAAGAGCGAAGAUCAGGAAGAGCUGCUGCUAUCAUGCCUGUACGUGACGGGGCUCGCCGCUAAGAAGAGCAGUGGAAGCACGGGCGAGAAGGCUGUUGUAGGAGGUGGAGAUGGAGUCAUCACAUUGUGGGAAAAGGGCCAGUGGGACGAUCAGGAUGAACGAAUCGUCGUCAGCAGGGAGAAGGAGACGCUCGAUUGCAUGGCAUACAUCCCAGACGGUAUCGGCGGCUUUGGAAAGAAGAUUGCUGUUGGAAUGGGUGACGGUCGAGUGCGCUUCGUGAAGCUAGGCGCAAACAAAGUUAUUGGCGAGGUCUUACAUGACGAAGUGGAGGGAGUGGUGGAGCUCGGCUUCGAUGUUGGUGGAAGAAUGAUAUCUGGCGGUGGACAGAUCGUCAAAGUCUGGAGGGAAAGCAUACAGGGAGAGGAUGAUGAGGAUGAAGAGGAAGACGAUGAUGAAGUUGCUGGGGCUGUCGGCAAGCGUCCUGCUGCGGACAGUGACGACGAUAGCGACGAGGAUGAGGACGCCGACGACAGCAGCGACGAUGAGAAGUCCCGCAAGCGCCGCAAGAAGAGAAAGCGAGGCAAAGGCCCUGCGACUUCCAGCAGCUUCAGCUUCGCUGGCCUUGAUUGA